CAGGCGCAUCUGACUGGGUGGAGAAGCUAGCUGCGCAGGAGCGCAACAGAUCCACACGCAUUUAAUCUCGACGUCGGUGCGAGUAACCUGUUCACCAUGAGCCACCGGCACCGUGCGCACGGAUGCCUCCCCAUCGCGCUGCUCCAGCUGUUCCUGCUCCAGCUGUUCCUGCUCCAGCUGCUGCCGCCGCUCGCCCCGGGGCGCGGCGCGGAGCUCGCGGUGGCGGCGGAAUACUCCUCCAAAACCGACUUGGACUACGAGUUCGGGGACUACCGGGGGAAGUGGUGCAUCGACGACCACGGUUUCGUCUACGGGAUUGGAGAGGUCUAUUACCCGAGCCCCGCGGCGUGUCCGUGCACGUGCACCUCGGACGGUCCCGUGUGCGUCCGACCCAAGUGUCCCCGCGUCCACCCCCGGUGCACGCGGAUCAGAUAUAAAGCGUGCUGUCCGGUGUGCGACGCUAUGGCCAGGGUCUGUGUGUACGGGGGCCAAACUUACCGGCUGCUCGAGGAAUUCAGGUUGUCGAGGUGUGAGCGAUGCCGCUGCGAGGCCAACAGAGAGGUGUACUGCAGCAUUUCAGACUGUCCCGCCCCCCACUGCGUCAACCCCACCUACGAACCCAACCACUGCUGCCCCAUCUGUAAGGCUGGUCCCAACUGCUUUGCUGGGAGCAGGGUGAUCCCAGCAGGGGAGCGUGUCAACAUAGACGAGCAAACAGUUUGCUACUGUACCUACCGGGACGGCACGUGGCACACCCACCCCUACGCCACCUGCGAGCAGCAGCCCCAACCCAGGCCAACACCUGAUGUCCGCACUAAGCCAUCCAGGGACGAGGACACCUAUGGGAAAGGCAGGAGAACGUUUAUUGCCAGACUGGAUGCGAUACCAUGAAGUGGACUGUGGGAUGUGUUCAGAGAGCCGCUCUGCAGGUACAAAUAAACUCUUAUCUGUUAGUAUCAGGAGUGAUCAACUCAGUAUAGCAAUAAUCCACCUGCACAUUUAAGUUGACAACACAAACGUUUGGAUUAUCUCAAGUGUCCACAGGAUACAGCUGCAUUGCUUUGUGGUUGUGCUUCGGCUCAGUCAUGGUUCCACAUGUGUCAGAGGUGGGAUGUCUGUUCUACAGAAGCCACAAUUCUGAUACAGUUACAGUUUAGGAUGCUUGCAGCUCAGUUCGAUAGAUGGAUAGAGGAUUGUGGUGCUACGUCUCUCAGUUGAAUUAUUUACUACCCAACAUCUUUUUUUACCUGAAUGGCCAUAACAUGGGGUCCUAGCCUACGUCCACUCUAAAACUCUCCAUUUUGGGCCUUCCAGGUUAUUUUCUAACCCCAAAGCGGAGAAGAGGAUUGGAGGUGUUGUGACAUUAAGUCAAUAAUUUAGAGAGAGAGUCACAAGUGAGGGAUCUGUCCGUCCUGGGAGAGGGAUCCCUCACAUGUGGCUCUCUCUGAGGUUUCUACGUAUUUUUUUUUUUCCUUACACUUAUCGAGGGUUAAGGGCAGAGGAUGUCACACCUUGUUAAAGCCCUAUGAGACCAAUUUUGAUUUGUGAAUAUGGGCUAUACAAAUAAAAUUGUAUUAAUUGAUUGAUCCCUCUCCCAAGACGGGCAGAAGUGCAAUAGAUAUCACAUAUAGCAGAGCACAUCAACAUUAUAACAAUAUUUACAACAUUAAUGUAUCAAUGUUUCAAGUAUUUAUACAAAAGAUAAUGUCUGACAGAGAUGAGGGGAGCAGUGAUUGUAAUGAUAGAGGUAAUAGUAGUAUAUGUGGGCAGGCAUAUUGUAUACCUAAGUAAUGUCGUGAUGUUGUGAUGAUGAGGCAAUGAGGCGAUGAUUUCUUUUGACUUAUUGUGUCGUCUGUCAACAGAAAUGGGAAAAUCUGUAAACUGAGAAUUUAGCUGAAAUAAACUAAACCACUGAACUUAAGUAACAGAGACACAAACAUGCUAGAAAACUAAGUAAGAGGAAUCACCCCACAGUCAUAGCCACAAGUCUGAGCGGUCAACAGCUGUUGGCAGUGAUAUGAGGAUCCUCAAAUCCUUUGCACACAUCAGGAGACUUAGAGCUGUUGAAAAAUGUAUAAUUUGUAAUGAUUGAGUCCAGUAGAGACCAAACACACAUGACGUUGGUCAACCAGGAUCACAGGGUGUGAUGGAGAAAGAUCGAAGGGUCCCUAUCCUGACCACAUGCAUUUGCUUCAUUUCUAUAUGAUAUAUUCAGUCACCGGCCACUUCAUUAGGCACACCUGUUCAAUUGCUUGUGAACACAGAUAGCUAAUCAGCCAAUCACAUGGCAGCAACUCAAUGCAUUUAGGCAUCUAGACGUGGUGAAGACGACUUGCUGAAGUUCAAACCGAGCAUCAGAAUGGGGAUGAAAGGGGAUUUAAGUGACUUUGAACAUGGCAUGGUUGUUGGUGCCAGACGGGCUGGUCUGAGUAUUUC